GUCACCCCGAUGGCCAAGAAGCCAUGGCACUGCCGCCCUUUCCAUGUGAUGUGUGCAGUAAGAGGUUUAAGUAUUACGGCAAGCUAGUCAUCCACAAGAGAUCACACACAGGAGAGAGACGCUUGCAGUGUCAUCUCUGCAGGAAGCGCUUCAUGCAGCGCAUAGGUCUCCAACUUCACCAGCGCACCCACACUGGCGAGAAGCCCUGCACGUCUGACGUCUGCCAGAAAUGGUUCACCCAGAAGUCCCACGUGAAGGGUCACAAGAUAAACCACACAGGGGUGAAGGCUUACAAAUGUAAAGUCUGCAAGAAAGUUUUCGCCUACAUGGGGAUCCUGAAGGAGCACCAGGGCAUCCACUCCAGAGAAAAACCCUAUAAAUGCUCCAAGUGUCUGAGAGCCUUCACAUGGCUGAAAUUGUUAAGACUCCACCAGAAAAAACAUCCAGAAGCCACUUCUCAGUGAUUCCAUUAUCAGGUCUGUCUUCUGCACCAAGAAAAUGUGAAUGAAGAUUUUUCUCCAGUGUUGUCAGAUGACAUAUGACAGGGGCAAGGGUGCCUGACACACAGAGAGGGGGUGCCCGAGAUAUGAAUUCCCAGGAUGUUUGAGUAAAUAGGUAUCCUCCCCAGUGAGUUUUGUUUUCUGUUUCAUUAUGUCUGUUGUUUUCUUACAGGGUUAUUUUGGUUUGUGUUGCUGUUCUUUCAAUAAACAAUCGUCUUAUUAGUUUUCAAUAUUGUA